CUCUGUCAAGCUGAUUCAACUUCCUCCAUUACUCCCUGCCUUAUAUACUAAACACCUUUCACUUCUAUGUCUCUUUUACACACACACACACAAUCACAUGUUCUUUCAGCAUGGGCAAUUUUGCUGCAAAUGAAGGACUCUCCAUCUUUGUUAUUCUGGUAUGGCUUGGAAUCAACGCUUACCUCUUUGUCGAAUUCUACAGGGCAUUUCUGGUCGAACGUUUCUUCUACAGCAGGGUCAUCCUCGGGCAUGCACUGCCGUGGGCAAGAGCUCCAGCUGCGUGUCUGAACUUUAACUGCAUGUUGAUCCUCCUGCCUGUAUGCCGAAACCUUCUGUCCUUCCUGCGAGGCACCAUACAGUGUUGUAGCCGUACAGCUGCUCGUCAACUUGACAGAAACAUCACUUUCCACAAACUGGUGGCCUACAUGAUCGCCUUCCACACAGCCGUGCACACCAUUGCUCAUCUGUUUAAUUUCGAGCGUUUUGAGUCUGCACAGCGGGAAGAAAAUAACACAUCACUGGCCCAUGUUCUGUCUCUAAUUGGAAACAAGAAUAAUGAGUCUUACCUCAACCCCAUCCGGACAAAGGAGACAAGCCAGAUCAUUGUGAUGUUCACCACGAUCGCAGGACUGACAGGCGUAGUAAUCACCCUCGCCCUCAUCCUCAUCAUUACCUCCUCCAUGGAGGUCAUUCGCAGGUCCUAUUUUGAGGUGUUCUGGUUCACCCAUCACCUCUUCAUCAUCUUUUUCAUCGGACUGGUGCUCCAUGGGGUCGGUCGUAUUGUACGAGGCCAGACCCUGGACGAUUUAAAACGACAUGCACCUCAAAACUGUAGCAAGCGGUUUGAGAGAUGGGGCCUUGACAGUGACUGUCCUGUACCCCACUUCGCUGGAAAUCCACCAGGGACAUGGAAGUGGGUCCUUGCACCGAUGAUCUUGUACGUGUUCGAGAUGCUCAUCCGAUUUUACCGCUCAAGGCAGAAGGUGGUUAUCACUAAGGUAGUGAUGCAUCCAUCCAAGACGCUGGAGCUGCAGUUGAAGAAGAAAGGCUUUAAGAUGGAGGUGGGUCAAUACGUCUUCAUGAAGUGUCCAUCCAUCUCGCACCUGGAGUGGCAUCCAUUUACCCUGACCUCCGCUCCUGAGGAAGACCACUUCAGCAUUCACAUCCGUAUUGUUGGAGAUUGGACAGAUGCCCUGUACAAGGCAUGCGGCGGGGACAAGACCGGAGUUCAGGAAGCCUGGGAACUUCCAAGGGUGGCAGUGGACGGCCCCUUCGGUACGGCGAGUGAGGAUGUGUUUCGCUAUGAGGUGGUCAUGCUGGUGGGUGCAGGCAUCGGUGUUACUCCCUUUGCAUCCAUCCUCAAGUCUGUGUGGUACAAAACUGUCCAGCAAAACACCAACGUGUUCACCAAAAAGAUCUACUUCUAUUGGCUGUGUCCAGAAACACAGGCGUUUGAAUGGUUUGCAGACUUGUUACAGUCCCUGGAGCGGCAGAUGAACGAGAAACAAAUGAGCAACUUCCUUAAUUACAACAUUUACCUCACUCGCUGGAAGGAGACAGAGGCUGCUCAUUUCCGAGUUCACCAUGAAGCAGAAAAUGACCCCAUCACUGGCCUGAAGCAGAAAACUCUGUAUGGAAAACCCAACUGGGAGAAUGAGUUUAACACUAUUGCUACCACUCACCCAGGGUCUAAAGUCGGGGUGUUUCUCUGUGGACCAGGUCCUCUGGCAAAAGCUUUAGAAAAACAAUGUAUCAGCCAGUCACAGGCUGGAGUCAAGUUCAUUUUCAACAAGGAGAACUUCUAAACUUAGAUAAUGGAUAGUGGAUACGACACUCAAAUAAUCAAAUCUCAUAUGUAGUGUGUGUGCGAUUACUGCAGAAGAAGAAAAAAAAUCUUUUUAUUCAAACUUUAUGGGUAGCCUCUGAACUGGAACAUCAAUAUGUUUCUAAUAUGUGGUCCAGGAUUUCAAUAUUGGAGCGAUUUGGAUGUGUUUACUAUAAGCUUCCAGAGUCACCAGAGUCCUUCCUCUGUAACUGUCAUUGAAAAUGAUAAUUUUCCUAUAACAGCACAUCCUGAGUUCUUUUAUUCCUCAUAUAUGACAACAAUUUACUAACACAAGAACUAAAAAUGGCACAUCACACAUUUGAUCCAGUUAUAGUGAAAUUUCCUGUUUAGUUCCUGUUAUCACUUACCUUAUAACAGCUAUAAACUUUUUUCCUCUCUGUUGAUUGGCCACAAAACAAAAAAAUAAAACUUCCUUCUAAAUAAUCAUCUUCACAUAAAACUCACAGAUCAAAAUCCAUUAACAUUAGAGCCGUCAGAGCUGGAGGUAUAGAAAAGAAAAAUAUGUCAGUUUUGAGUAAACCGUAUUUCUUUUCUUUCUUUUGUACAGAAAGUGUGUUGAAAUGACACAAAGUCAUUUUUUUUACAUUCCUACUGUUGCCACUUGCUUAUUAGAGAUCACUUUAAAUCUAAAAAUUUCUAUUUUAUAUCCUGAAUUAAUAUAUUUCUGUAAAGCGGCUUUGUGUCAAUAUCCAUUGUUAAACGCUCUAGAGAAAUAGAAUUGAAUUGAAAUUCUAACCUGUGGUCGUCACAUGCACUACAUUGUGACAGAUGAUGCAUAAAGUUUCAAAAGAAUGAAAGAAAGAUUGAAUGAAAAAUAAACUCCUAUAAAGGUGUGAUGAGGCGAAAGAAUGACUGCAUGAAAAGGUGUGAAUUAUGAAGCUUUUGCUUGCAAUAGGAGAUUGAAUAGCUGUAAUGUUGAUAUAAAUGGCUCAAAGAUCAUAGCUUUGCACUGAUGUGCUGUAUGUUCGCUAUGAAAUUUAUAGCUAAUGCUUUCUUCACGUUUUUAACUCCACUUAAGUACUCAAGAGGCUUUCUUUUUCUUUCUUUCUUUCUUUCUUUCUUUCUUUCUUUCUGUUGCCUUAUAUAAGGUACACUAUAUCAACCAUCACAAUACAUUCUGCUAGAUGAUAUAUGUACCAAAUGAGACUGGGACUUACAAAUUUCAUGACAUUUGGGCAAAAAAUAAUUAAAUUAAUUAAUUAAAAUAAAAUAAAAUAUCCAAAAGACUUUUUUUUUAUUUCUUCUAACAUUGUGAAAUCAAAUUGUGAAACGAUUUUGUGGAAAUGUUUUUAGAAAUAGCUGCCUGGUGUUGUAUUUCCUCUUUCCUCUGCUGUUGUAGUAAGUAGGAAGCAAACCGGACAAAUCUCAAUAAAAGUUUAAACAAGU